AUGCCAUUACUGAACUUGGCCGCUCUUGGGUAUGUUGCACCGACUGGAUGCUACACCGGAUGGGGCAAAUACCCGUAUGCCAGGCCGGCAUAUAUGCCAUUAAAGCGAAUUGUGAAGAUUAUUAAACAAGGAGGAACAGUGGUAAGGGUUCCAAGUAGUCGCAGUUCGGGGCGAAGCAAGACACGGAGUGCUGAAAGGUUCGUACCGAAAGCUUUUGAAUUUGCGGAAUUGUUGAGUAGUACCGUUCUUGAAAAAUAA